CGAUUGCGACAGUAUACGCGUGGAAGUGGUGCGGUGAGGAUGUGUGACCAUUCCGCUCUAGACCGAGUACAAUGUGAUUCUGGUUGCCAGGGAGUCCGGGAUAAACUCCAGUACUUGCCUUCGUAUAAGGGUUCAGUCUGUGUUGAACUUUCAAGACAUAAACAACCUCUGCUAUCGUGAUCCGGAAGCCUGAAAUGUCUAGCUACAUAGGUGCCUGUUUAUGCCUCUGAAUUCACGUUUAUACAAACUGGUGUGUCUGUGUUUUGGCGUCAUACCAAAACAAUGUUUUGAAGGACUAUUUUUGUAUGAAAGAACAUACGCAAAAUCAUUAACGAUUUCCUGCUGUUCGUUUUAUAGCGGAAGAAAUAGUAGUAGUCUUGGGGGACUAAAGUGAUCUCCCAGAAUAAUUAUCUAUAAUCAUCUUACAAAACUAUCCAUCAGUGCCUAAACGUUUGAACUCGAAAAUGAUUCAACAGCCCUGUGGUUUUACGAGGUUUCAUCUUCGUAAUAUGUUACGAACGAGAAGAACCUCUAGCAGUAAGGAGUUUUAAACCUCUAUACCUGAAUUCGUGAUCUCAAAAUGAGGGUAUCAAAGUUCAAAUCAAGAAGGACUUUAUCCUCUUUGCAAAUCAAAGAACGGCCGUCAAACGUCGGUUUGGACAAGGCAACGACCAUUGGCAAGUGACCAAUCGUUUUCCCAUUUUGUUUUAGAAUGAGCUUGAUUGCUAAUUAUGUUUCUUAUUACUCUGCGUUGUCCAAUGAGUUUAAAUUCUCAGAAACAAAACUGUUUUUUAACAAACCCUCUGGACACCGAGGUUUCGUUGUGGCAACUGAGAUUUUUUUGUAGUGCAUCCAAUGCAGUGAUACUUAGAAAUCGGUCCAAAUGUUUCUCAGUUUACAGGAGUUUGCACUCAAACAGGAUUUGCCUUUUGUCUUUAACGGUGAAGAUCAAGACACCUGUCAAGCGCGUGGAAAAGGCAACGAAAAAAUGGCGCGAGUUUUUUCGACGAAGUCACAUUCCCUUGAUGAAGGAAGAACUGGGGUUUUUAGAGACUACCAGACGUAAUGAGAGCAUUCAUACUCAACAUUUGAAUCAUCAAGAACGUGCAGCUUUAUCCGAUGACCCAGGAUGUCGAAAAACAGCCGAUGCAAUCUCGGCCUCUGUCGCAAACCGCGUCUCUGCAUCCGCGCUGGGCUGCCAACUCAGAAAACCAGACGAAAUGGAAGAAGAAGAAAAAGAGGGUCGAAUGAAACGAGUUCUAUUCCUCUACCACGCUGCUGUUGCACUCAAAGACCUCAAGAAGACUAGACAAUAUUCAACAAAGAGACGUCGCGUUUUGGCGAAUUUCAGUUCCAGGUUUUCUGUAUCCAAGUCUUCUCCUUUGUACCUGAGGCUAUUUGCAGUCGUGAAUGAGGACAGACGUCACCGUAGUACCGUGCCACAAGCAGAGAAUGAGCUGUCAAGUCCAUUCGUCCAAGACUCAAGUUCACGGGGUACGGCGACGCAGUUAGAUCACCCAGAAGAAAUCAAAGACCCUGCUGUGAAUGUAUCUUCUGGCGAGGAUGAAGCGCAAAACGAUUUACAUCUUGAACUCGACAAGUUUAUAAAAGGAUCCCAUGCAGGGGAUCUGACUGGCAGCCCUUGCCAACGGGUGAAAAAAUCCCCGAUAUUACCGAACACGAAACAGAGAUGCCCCUUGUCUCUAUACGAUCCAAGAGAAGAUGCCUGUAAUGGGAAAGGGGUCGCCGGACAAGACUCUUACGUCCCUAGGAAGCUUUACAAUAGCAGCGGAAAAUGGAGCGAGUGGUGGGCGAGACUAGUGAUCAUGGUGGCGGUGUGGACAUGCACAGGCAACUUGCAAGCAGAGGCCUACAAUGAAACGAACAUUUGUCAGAGAAAUAACGUUAAGGCAGAUCAAAUUUGCGACAGCCUGGACCUCCGGAAUAACAUCAGCGCCCUCGACGACCUCUGCAAAUGUCGCAUCAUCCACGGCCACCUGCACUUCGUCCUUCAGGAGCAGGGUGACGACGAAUCUAUCGCCAGGCUCAAUCAGUAUUCAUUCCCAGGUCUAAGGGAGAUCACGCAUCAUCUUUUGGUGUACAGAGUAUUCAACUUGACAUCCCUCAGACACUUGUUUCCAAACCUAGCUGUCAUUAGAGGUGAUGUUCUGUUCCACAAUUAUGCCCUCGUCAUAUACGACGUACCGAGUUUGGAGGACGUCGGUCUCGUCAACCUCAGUGUCAUCCUAAGAGGUUCAGUGCGGAUUGAAAGAAACCCUCGCUUGUGUUACGUCAAUACUAUUGACUGGAAUAACAUCACAGUUGGAAGACUGGCUGAGAAUUAUAUAAACAGAAAUCGACCAGAAGGAGAGUGCCCCUCUUGCCCGGAAACAUCAGAUUGCCAAAGGUCAAAGCCGUGCGGGUCACCCAGAUGCUGGAGCAAAAACCACUGCCAAAAGACCUGUGGAGCGAAAUGUUUCGGGGGCUGUGAUGGGAACGACUGCUGUCACAGUGAGUGCAUCGGCGGCUGCUCCAGACCCAACGAUCCCACCGCCUGCCACGCUUGCAGGAAACUCCGCCAGAAUGGCCGCUGCGUCUCUGCUUGCUCAAAACAUAUGUAUAAGGUUCUAGACUAUCGUUGCGAAAAGUGGUCGUUUUGCGCGGAGAACUCGAAGAGCAGCAAGGGCCACAUCGAGGGAUACUUCAUCAAGAACGACACCCAGGAGUGCGUCAGGGGAUGCCAGAGCGGAUACAAGGAAGCUGUCGUCCGGGAAGGCUGGCAAAACGUUUCUAUAUGUCAGCCAUGCGAGAAUAAAGAAGCCUGUCCGAAGUACUGCCACGGGAAAAUUGUCCGCAGUGUCGGGGAAGCCCAGUGGUUUAGAGCGUGCAAAAUAGUCGAUGGAAGUCUUACCAUUCACAUUAGCGGAGGAGAAGACAUCGAGAGAGAACUGGAGGAGAACCUAAGCAGCAUCGAGGAAGUGACUGGCUACGUGAAGAUCUUCCGCUCCAACGUCACUUCCCUGAACUUCUUGCGAAGUCUCAAGAAGAUAGGAGGAGGACAUUUCAUUAGGAGCAACUAUUCUCUGGAAAUCCUGGACAACGCUAACCUCCAGAGCCUGUGGAACUGGACGGAGAGAGACCCAGAAUUCACGAUAGAGAGGGGGAAGGUCUUCGCCCAGUCCAACCCUAAAUUAUGUCUGCAUCACAUCCAGAAGCUUAUUAACAAAACUAACAUCGGGGGAUCUUCAGAAACCGAUGUUUCUAUGACAUCAAAUGGCGAUAAAGUUCCCUGCAACGUCACGUCCUUGAAGGCCAAGAUACAACCGCCCAGGAUGUACGGCACCCUCACGGUGGAGGUGACAGAUGACAUCCCGCAGGGCACGAUUUAUUUCAUUUACAAGAAGGCGCCUAAGAAUAUCUCCCUUUACGAGAGCGAAGGACCUUGCACAGAUCAGGGAUGGUCCACAAUGGAGAAGAGAAUCACGGCGAGAGAGGAAGGGAAGAAGAACCACUUCAGUAUCAUCAACCUGCAGCCCUUCACGCGAUACGCAGUGUACGUCAAGACGUACCCCCUGGGAACGACGAGCAAAGGAGCCCAGUCGGAUAUCAUGUACGCUACGACGGUGCCCUUCAACCCAACCAAACCUGUAGGCCUUAAGUGGGAUUCCCCAGACAGCAAUAGUCUAGACAUUUGGUGGGAUCCGCCCAGAAAUCCCAAUGGGAUCAUCGACCAUUAUAUGGUCAACCUCACAUUGCUCAAAGAAGUCCCAAUGGUCCCUCCUGACCUCAGGUUUUGCGAGAAGGAAACAAUGCUGUACAUAGACAACAAGAUGAGGAUAAAAGAGAACUCUGGAAAGCCCCUGGAUUCCAGCUGGGCGUCGCGUUUGGCUCUGGAGGAGGAAGAGGAAAAGAAAGGGAAGAAAUAUCAAGACGGAGGCGAUGACGAAACAUGCAAGGCCAGCGCGACGCCCUCCUGCUGCGCCUGCAGCAGAUCGUCUGAGAGCUGGGGCGAUCAGGAUGUCAUCGGUCAGAUCCAGUUCGAAGAUUUCAUCAUGGACAACAUCUACGUCAAGAAAGUGACCACCACUCGCAUUCGUCGAGAAGCAUCAUACCACUAUCACGCCGAAGAUAUCGAGUUCGAAACUGGCCUCCAGCUGAAGUAUAGCAGUCAAGGGCGCCCAUCAGGCGAAACAAACACCAGGCGCAGGAGACGAAACACUGAAAUCCCCGCCAGGGAGAGACUGAACUCCCUUGGGGAUGCGUCCAAACGAAAUUUAUCCAGUUCAGUGCUGGGAGGUGGAGUCGGUGCUAAUGUCUUUUCCACCUACCAAAAUCAAGUGGUUUUCGUCUUCCCUUCCGAAGAGAGCAUCGUCGGGAGGUACAUCGAUCAUCAUGAAAAUCUCACAAUGUUCGAAGAGAGAGAUCCCGAGAACGGCGACAUUCUCCUGAAGCAAACGAAGAGGACGAAGGAGACCAGGCUGAGGAUCAGCAGCCUUCGUCACUUCAGCCUUUACUCGGUAUCGGUCUCCGCCUGUCAGGAACCCGACGCUAACAAUAGGAAGCUUUGCUCGUCCAUUCCAGCUCGCAUCGCGGCUUUUACGAAGCCAAGUGAAUCCGUCGAUAUGAUCAUUGAGAGGGACCUCAUCGUUGUCAACACAUCUCUGAGGGAUACGGUGGAAGUCACGUGGUCCCCGCCGAAAUCCCCAAACGGAGCCGUGAUAGCCUACAUCAUCAAUUUACAGAUGCAAGGAGGUCCGGGCAUAGACAAGUGUGUGAGCAGCCAGGACUUUGAAGAGAGACGCUGGGUGAGGUUGCCCGACCUCUCGCCCGGUAAUUAUUCGAUAAGGGUCCAGGUGAGGUCAAAGGCUAGGUACGGUAACUUCUCGUCGCCCGUCACUUUUGUCAUAGUGGACGACGUCGCUCCGACAUACUUCUCCUUCAUCGUGGUUUCGUCGCUGUUAGCGGUGGCCGGCGCCCUCGUGGCUGCUGUGAUCUGCUGGUGGUGGAGGCGGUACCGUUCCAGGUACACGAUUCCAGACACGCUGGACAAGGUGGACGUCAAUCCGUACUACCGAGAGGGCUUCGCACCGGGCGAAAUCUUCCAGGAGGAGUUCAUCUUCUGGCGGGACGACCUGAGGGUCUUCCAUGAGAAGCCUCUGGGCCAGGGCUACUUCGGCAUGGUGUUCCAGGGCCAGCUCACCCGGAAUGGGCAGGUCUCCCGCGUCGCCGUGAAGACCCACAGAGAGAGCGCCACGACGGAGGAGAUCAGCCAGUUUCUCAAAGAGGCUGCUGUGAUGCAGAAUAUAAAAUGUCACCACGUCGUUCAACUCCUGGGCGUCGUGGGCGAUUACGCCCCAGUCUACGUCGUUAUGGAACUCAUGCCGGAAGGAGACCUCAAGUCGUUUUUGAAGAAGCAUUCGGCCAAUUUCAUUACGGAACAGAAGUUAAUCGAAAUGGCCGUGGAAGCAGCAGACGGAAUGGCUUAUCUUUCCGACCGAAAACUGGUUCAUCGAGACUUAGCCGCUAGAAACUGCAUGCUGGAUGAUAACCUGACGCUCAAGAUCGGAGAUUUCGGGUUAACCAGAAAUCUCAAGUCUGAUUACUACAGGAAAGAGGGCCAAGGGGUCCUGCCCGUGAAGUGGAUGGCCCCAGAGAGUCUUCAGUUCAGCAUGUACACGACGCAGAGUGACGUUUGGAGUUACGGAGUCUUGCUUUGGGAGAUGGCCACUAGAGGCGUCACUCCUUAUAAAAACCACACUAACGACGAAGUCAUCCGCCUGGUGGUGGAGAAGUACGCGACCCUGGGACGCCCAAGGAACUGCCCUCGGCCUCUCCAGCGGCUGAUGCGGCAGUGCUGGAAUUACAACCCGAAGGAGAGACCCAACUUCUUGGCCAUCACCAAAUUCCUUCUGAAGCAAACGUCCUCUGAUUACCAGCAAAGGUUCGAGCAGGUUUCCUUCUACCACAAGAGAUUAAGUGACUACUCGAGGUACAAACCGAAGGAAGAAGGCGGCUACAUGACUGAGAAGGUCAGAGAGAACGAGGGAGAUGAGAGUGACGACAUAGCGCUUCUCACGUCUCCUGAUCUCAGCAAUGAGAGCUCAGAUGAGGACUUCACUCUCUGUAGAUUUGACCAUAAACAGUUCCAAGGAAAAGGGCAGUGGCCAAAGAAAAAAUCUCGUCAUAGCAAACUGCCUCAAAUCACUGAAAGACAGUCAAGUUCUUGCCGUACCUCUUCAGUGUUCAAGGAAGGUAAUGAAAACUUGUCUCUACUUCCAAAGAAUCACUUAUAUACUAAUUUUGCUUUGGAGGAAAGACCGCCAUGUCAGUUAUCUGCCAAGAAUCCUCUUAUCCAGUCUUACCCAGGUAGAAAACCGGCUGGUUUGCAGAAUCCUCCCCCUCAGUUAGUCAUACCUGGAGACAACAAGGAUUUGCCUUACGCCCAACUCCAACUGAGCACUCCUAGUACACCGGCAAGCAACCCUCUCACACCAUCCAUGAUUCCAUUAACACCAAUUACGAACCAAUUGUCACCUGGCCUCCAUGUCCCAUUAUCUGCGUUUGCAAGAGCUCCUUCUCAUGUUCUGAAGCCAUCAACUUCAAUUCCCACUCUUCUCCCUGCUGUGCUUGGAUCGUCAUCCUCUUAUCCUCAGUGUAUCGUUGAUAUUACCAACCGGACACUGCCAGGACAUCAUUCUAUCUCUAUACCAGCAUCCCCAACGAGAAACAGGAAGUCAUCCUUAAAGACGGGAUCUCGAAGCGACGAUAUAAUCAGAACAUCGUCAGUGAGUGAACAUGGCCAAUAUUACAACAUGCAACCAUCACUGCCAAGUACGGAGGCCGACAGCAUGAUGUCUACUAAACUUGUCCCGACUAAAGCAGGUGCUAUUGAAUCUUGUAGUUUUAGUGCACACAACAAUCUCAGUGAAUCUCUUUUGAGUUGUGAUGAUGAUGAUGAUGAUGAUGAUGGUGAUUUUAACGAAAUAGAUGACGAUUGUGAUGACCAUGAAGAUGGAACUGAUGCCAGUCGCGGUGAUCGUCACAUCUUGCAGCAGAAGCCAACAGAAGAACCUCAUUUAGCAAAAAGUAGGAGGUACAGUUUAGAAACAAUGAUAACACGACCUCUUACCACAGACGACAGCUAUCUAAGCCAUUCUUAUAGCAAGGGUAACCACUUGGAAAACAUGCCAAUACUUCAAAGUACAGUCAUUCCAGGUAGUGAUUUACCAAAAUCUCGGUGCAGAAAAAUAUAUGAAAAUGUUUGCGGCAAAAUUUUACUAGACGAACUAGACCCUCUAAACGUUGUGGAACAUUACUCGAGACCGAAGAGAAGGAAGGCUCGGGAGCACAUGGGAGUGGCUUCCCUGCCGAGUUCCAGAAGCACCACGCUGAGCAGAGCAGACCCCAAGAGCUGCCACCGCAGAAAAAUGAGUUCCCUGGAGGACUUCGAUUUGCUAUGAUCCUUGCUGGAUUUGCCAUGGAUCUUUGCUUCUGCUGCCUCCGAAUAGUGAACUAUUGUGCUUUCAAUUAUUAGCAUUAAUCGGAAAUCGUUAGUCACAACAAUAAGACUUUUAUAUGAACCUUCUAACCGAAUUAAAGUGUGCAUUCAACAUGAAAGACCUACGCUAGGUCCGCCGAGCUUAAUGUUAGUGCCAAUUUGUUUAAGUUUUGAGAAGUGUCACUAGCUUUUCUUUUCAGUGUUUAAUUCACAAAUGAGAACGACCAAGGAAGUCUUUGGAUACCGGUUGUAGAAAGAAAAUAAACUGCUAUGUUUUGCUUCAACAGGAAAAUUCUGGUGCGAAGUGAUGUACAUAGAUAAUGGCAGGAGUUGCUUUUAACAGCAUAAUCACGAUCGUAAAUAAAAGGUAUUAUGUUUUCUCGGUAUGUUGCCGUUCAAGCAGUGUCCUUUCUUGAUAGAGUACAGCCUACAAGACUUCGCUUUUAAAAAACUCAUGAGCCUUCCAGCUUUCUUUCUAAGAGAGAGAGAGAGAGAGAGAGAGAGAGAGAGAG